GUCGGUGUGUGUCGGUGUGUGUCGGUGUGUGUCUGUGUGAGUGUGUGUGGAGGAAUACACGCUCCUCAGACAUGAAGGAACUCUCUGCUCACUCUCUCUUUCUCUCUUUCUCUCGUCUUUGUUUCCUCUGGACUUUUCUGACCGAGGCUCGCGCUCAGGACGCGGCAGCGGCCGGUGAUGACGCGCCCCGCCGCGGGUUGACAUGGCAACACAACGGGCAGGUUUUCAGCAUCCUGAGCCGCGGGGCUCAGUACCGACCGUCCAGCAGGAGGCAGACCGGCUCACCGGGCCGCGGGGGCCCCGUGGUGGUCGUCAGCACCGGGAACGACACGGCGGGCUCCUCCGCAGCGCAGCCCCGCAGCUCCCCGCGGGUCCCCGCAUCCAGCGGCACCGCGCAAUUACGCACGAUGACGCUCCGGCGGCAGCAGCAGCAGCAGCCGGCCGAUGGGGACGCUGCUCCGGUGAGACGAGAGGACACGAUGGUGGGAGAUGAUCCGUACAACCCGUACAAGCCCUCCAACUAUUACCCCUAUUAUAACUACUACAACUCCUACUACCGACCCAGAGCCCGGAGCCACCAGCGGCACGGAUACGGAACCAGCUUCCACCAGCACGGUCUCCCUGAUCUGGUUCCUGACCCCUACUACAUCCAGAUCGGCACCUACGUGCAGAGGAUGUCCAUGUACAACCUGCGCUGUGCUGCCGAGGAGAACUGCCUCGCCUCUUCCUCCACAUCUGCUCACGAUUACGACACCAGGGUUCUGUUGAGGUUCCCUCAGAGGGUGAAGAACCAGGGAACGUCCGACUUCCUGCCCAGUAAACCUCGAUAUUCCUGGGAGUGGCACAGCUGUCAUAAUCAUUUCCACAGCAUGGAUGAGUUCAGUCUGUACGAGCUGCUGGACGCUCAGACCCAGACUCAGGUCGCUGAGGGCCACAAGGCCAGCUUCUGUCUGGAGGACACUUCCUGUGACCCCGGAUAUUACCGCCGCUUCGCCUGCACCUCACACACUCAGGGUUUGAGUCCAGGCUGUUAUGACACCUACAAUGCAGACAUCGACUGUCAGUGGAUCGACAUCACCGACGUCUCACCUGGAAAAUACGUCCUCAAGGUGACAGUGAAUCCACAGCAGCAGGUUCCAGAGUCCAACUUCAACAACAACGUGGUUCGAUGUGACGUCCAGUUCACCGGCACCGCCGCUCACGUGUCCGGCUGCACCGUGACCACCCACUGAGAUGACAUCAUGAAUUCUCCUCAAAGAUCCUGAAGACGAGCGAAGACGAGACAAUAUUCACUUUAUUAACUUUGUUUACAUGGGACUGUAAUUAUAUAAUCAUAACCAGAUUAAAGCAAAAGAAAAAAACAUCAUUAUUAAAAAUAGCCCCGUGGACCAUAGUGUCCGAACCAAAAUAAGAUGAUCUGUUCUCCGGAGGAUUUCCUGUUUGUGUCUCCAGCUCAGCCGACUGCAGAGCUAGCUAGUUAGCUCCGGCACUGGUGUGCAAGGGAUUCUGGGAUAGGUUGGCCCUGGAACGAUCCACCGGCCAUCUUGGGUUUUUGAAACCAGAAGUAACCAUAACAAUUACAUUAGUAUAUGGAGGAGCAGGGGGUGGAGCCUCACUGAGAGUUCAAGGACACUGCACUCCACCUACACCUGACACCUGCACCCAUUGGACGGUGCUAGGUGUCAAUCAUAUGGUCAUUUUCUGAUAAAUUGAGACUGACCUCGUUGAAAACCAGUGGAGUCGCCCUCUGCUGGUCAUUCCAGAGGAUACAGGUUUCCUCCACAUUGACUUCACUUUCUGGAUCCAGAGUUUUUAUAAAGUUUAUGGUCACGCUGAAGAGAACUUUCAUCACGAUAAAACUGUCCUUUCUGUGCUUCCAUAGAUUCUUUAAUACAGAAAUGACGCCUCCCACUUAACGUUAAUUUACAGUUUCAUAUUUUAUAGGUUUCAGGGACAACGUUUGUGUUUCAAAGUUUCAUCUUUCUCCUCCUGCUUCCUGCUCAUGUGUGUGCGUGUGUGUGUGUGUGUGUGUGUGUGCGUGUGUGUGUGUGUGUGUGUGUGUGUGUGUGUGUGUGUGUGUGAACGCUGUACAGAGUGUGUAGACAGAGUGCACGGUGUGUGUGUACUCGUGCUUGACGACCUGUAACCACAUAACCUGCAGAGCUGUAUAUAUAAAGCGAGCUCACAUGUCAUGU